UUGACUAUAAUUAUUUCUUAUGGCAUGAGGCUUAAAAAUCUAUUAUAGAUCCGGGGUAAAGAAAAAUCUCGAUUUCGAAAUUUUUUGUCAUUCUCAGCAUAGACUUCACCUCAUAGACGCAUAGAUAUUAACGCGUAUACUUUAAUCCUGGAAAAGAGUUUCUCUCCAGGAGAAAAGGAAAAAGAUGAAUUGGUGCAAAAGUUCAGUAAAAAAAAAAAUAGGCAUUUUGUUUAUCGUUAUUGCUGUUGCAUUGUAUUUAUCAGGGCUUUAGGCUGAAAUUCCAUAAGACAUAUUUGUCGCAUAUCGCGUAUUUGUGUGAUGACCAAUCAAUAAAACAGAUUUCGUGAAACGCGAAAUCUGUUACGUCUUGAGCUGAUUUCGUUCCAAUCUCAGACGAUUACGAGUAGUUUUAUGAGUGCGAUUACGAGCUAGUUCGAGAUCAUGCAGUGAGAGAUUCAACUAGUCUAACAAUGCGAUCUGAACGAUACGAAAAUGAUUAGCGCAAUUGAGAUUAGUUAAAUUUAAAAUCGUUAAAAUCUUUAUUAAUUUCAUAGAUUUUAGUUAUUUCAGCAAUUUAUUUCUAUCAGGAGCGCCGUAAAAAAGUGGAUAUUUUUGUAUAGUUUACAUCCUUCAGAGGGCAGUAAUGCGCGGCAGCAUUUUACGGUUACAAGCAAAAAGUCCUCAUGUCCUUUUUCGGGUUUCUCUCUGAUAUAUCAUAUAUCGAUAUACAUAAGGUAAACUGCAGCCUAUUAGAGUUGCUUUGGUGGAAUUGGUGGGAACGUGAGAAGUUGGAAAUUAGAAAAUAUUAAUAAUAGGUACAUACAUGUCGAAUGAUGAAUGAUAGUGAAUAUGGUGAAUAGCUGUGAAUAACGUGGAUAAAAAACAAAAAUCAUUUUGUCAAAAUGAACUUGGAACUAUUAGAGUCAUUUGGUCAAAAUUAUCCAGAGGAAUUUGAUGGCACAUUAGAUUGUAUAUCUCUUGCUGUAACCUGUACAUUUAAUAAAAGAGGGACAUUACUUGCUGUCGGAUGUAAUGAUGGAAGAAUUGUUAUUUGGGAUUUUUUGACUCGUGGUAUAGCUAAAAUUAUUAGUGCUCAUGUACAUCCAGUAUGUUCAUUGAGUUGGUCUAGAAAUGGUCAUAAGUUACUAAGUGCAUCGACCGACAACAAUGUAUGUAUAUGGGAUGUUUUAUCUGGAGAAUGUGAUCAGAAAUUCAGAUUUCCUUCUCCAAUAUUAAAAGUACAGUUUCAUCCAAGAAAUCUCAACAAGUUUUUAGUAUGUCCAAUGCGUCAUGCUGCUGUUAUGGUUGGUGUCGAAGGAGCACACAGAGUUAUACCACUUGAUGAAGAUAGUGAUUUAAACAUAGUAGCAUCAUUUGAUCGACGCGGAGAUUACGUGUAUACAGGAAAUGCUCGUGGUAGAGUUUUAGUUCUUGACGCUGAGACAUUAAAUGUAAAAGCCUCUUACAAAAUAACACAAGGCACUGCCAGUAACACGGCAGUAAAAAGUAUAGAAUUUGCACGGCGAGGUUCCUGUUUUCUAGUUAAUACUGCUGAUAGAGUAAUCCGUGUAUAUGAUAGUACUGAAAUAUUAGCGUGUGGUAAAGAUGGUGAACCUGAGCCAAUACAAAAAUUGCAAGAUCUUGUAAAUAAAACAAUGUGGAAAAAAUGUUGUUUUUCUGGUGAUGGGGAGUAUGUGUGUGCCGGAUCAGCAAGACAACAUGCAUUAUACGUAUGGGAAAAAAGCAUAGGAAAUUUGGUGAAAAUUUUACAUGGAACCAAAGGAGAACUUUUACUCGAUGUUGUAUGGCAUCCAGUCAGGCCGAUAAUCGCAUCUAUAUCUUCAGGCGUAGUUUCUAUUUGGGCACAAAAUCAGGUAGAAAACUGGUCUGCGUUCGCGCCAGAUUUCAAAGAGUUGGAUGAAAAUGUUGAAUACGAAGAAAGAGAAAGUGAAUUUGAUUUGAGUGACGAAGAUAAGUCUGUUGUUCAAGGAGAAGAAGCUCAGGAUGAAGAAAUAGAGGUUGACGUUGCAUCAAUUGACAGAGUUGCUGCAUUUUGCAGCUCUGACGAAGAAACUGAAGAUAUUGGUUCGCUUCAAUUUUUACCUAUAUCUCCAGAUGUGGAAGAUUCCGAAGAUAAUCAAAUAAUGCCACACGAACCGCCAAUGAAGAAACAUCGUUCAUACGAUAUAGAUUUACAGGGAGCACCGACUGACGAAACUCAUCCCUUACUAAAUAAAGGAAAGGAUAAACCAACCACAAAAAAGGGGAGACCAAGACUAGAAUACAAAAAGGGAAAGUAAUUUAAUA